AUGGCAAGCAGACUCAGCGCAUGCAGUUCCAGCAGCACCAACAGAACACCGGUGACCGGUUUUGAGAGAGUCCAUGCUGAUUUUGUUAACUUCUUAUAUGCCAACCAUGGUGAAAUGUGUGAGGAAAAUGUUGGAAUGGCAGAAUCGUUAUUUACUUUGCCAAGAGAGAAGGUUGUGAUUUUCUUCUUUACUAAAAAAAGGCGCGUUCUAUUGAUCGUUCUUUUGCAGAUUGCAUACGGCCUGAUCGCCUUGUUGGCGUUAUACUUGAUUAUCGGCUCAGCCGCCCAGUUGGUAUGCAACUUGAUUGGCUUCGCGUAUCCGGCAUACGUCAGUGUUAAGGCUGUACGAUCACAGGACACCAGUGAUGACACACAAUGGCUUAUUUACUGGUGCGUGUUCGCCGUCUUCUCACUUCUCGAUUUCUUCGCCACCGGAAUAAUGCAGUGGUUUCCGUUCUACUGGCUACUCAAGGUGAGCACUGAGGAAUGA